AAUUCACGAAUCUGUUCAGUACAUGUCUUUGAAGGAUUUGUGAGUUCUGAAAUCACCGAUCUGAGCUUUUGUUUCUUAAUUUGCUUCCAAGGAUUUGUGUUUCAUCUACCAAGACAUUCUUCAUUGAGCUGGGCAAGUUCGAAGCUUGGUGACCAUGUAACUGGAGCUUUCUGGGCAUUCUUUAUCUCUGAUACUUGGAACCUCUUGCAAUUGCUUUGGACAAGUAGAAAUGGUCACAACAGGCUUAAGGAAAGGGGUUGCUGCUGUUGAAGACAAGUUACAAAAAGGGGCUGCUAUCAUGAAAUUUCCACAGAAUAAGACAGUAUCUGUUUUUGAGACUGCCAUCCGUGUCCUCGGGGGUUUGCUAUCCGCACAUCUUAUAGCAAGUGAUUAUGCUAUGGGCAUGAGAAUUCCAACAUAUGACAACCAGUUGCUGAACUUAGCUAAGGAUCUAGGCCGACAAUUGUUACCUGCAUUCGACACUCCUUCAGGUGUACUGUACUUACUAUAUUACCCCUUGUUGUUUGAUGUACACAAAAGUCUAUGCAAGAUCUUUCAGGCUGAACUCUCAUUAUUUAGCAUUCUUUAUCACUCGCAAAGUUGCAAUGUUUCAGAGGAUUGCUCCUAA